AUGUCCAAGUCUUAUUUUAUGGGUCAUUACCGGAUGGGGAAUUGCACUGAGAAGAGAUUGCAAACCAUCAUCUGGUUUUCCACAUUCUCAACUCUUGGAGUCCAUGACGUCCAUGCUGGCUUUGUGAGUGUAACUGGAGGAAGUGGAUCUUUUGUUGAUAGUUCUUUCUUUCUGGCUAGACGGAGUAUUCACCCUUCUGUUGCUCAUUCAAGGUUUACCCAACAGGAACUUCCAGCAUGCAAGCCGAUUCUUACACCCCGAUGGGUGAUUUCAGCAUUCAUGCUUGUUAGCCUUGUAUUCAUUCCCAUUGGAGUUGCUUCCCUAUUUGCUUCCCGGGAUGUUGUUGAAAUCAUUGAUGGGUAUGAAACUCACUGCAUACCACAGGAGUUUAGGAAUGAUAAGGUCAAAUAUAUACAAACUCCUGGAGUGAAACCCUGCAUCAGAACCAUGACGGUGCCCAAGCAUAUGAAGAAACCUAUUUAUGUGUACUAUCAGCUUGAUAAUUUUUAUCAGAAUCAUCGCAGGUAUGUGAAGAGCCGAAGUGAUGUGCAGUUGAGAGAGAACAAGAGUGAGAAUGAUGUAAGCUCUUGUGAGCCUGAAGAUAUUGCCAAUGGGAUGCCGAUUGUGCCCUGUGGCCUUAUAGCUUGGAGUUUGUUCAAUGAUACCUACAACUUCUCACGCAACAACCAGCCAUUGACAGUAAACAAGAAAGACAUCUCGUGGAAGAGUGACAGGGAUCACAAGUUUGGCAAAAAUGUCUUCCCCAAGAACUUCCAGAGUGGAAAGCUUGUAGGGGGUGCAAAUCUCAGUUCAUCCAUACCAUUGAGUGAGCAGGAGGACCUCAUUGUUUGGAUGCGAACCGCAGCUCUUCCAACCUUUAGGAAAUUGUAUGGGAAAAUAGAGGUGGAUCUUCAGAAAGGGGAGGUGAUAAAUGUGACAUUAGAGAACAAUUACAACACUUACAGUUUCAACGGCAAGAAAAAGCUUGUGCUUUCUACCACCAGCUGGCUUGGCGGGAAGAAUGAUUUUCUUGGUAUUGCAUAUCUCACUGUUGGUGGGCUAUGUUUGUUUUUGGCUAUGGCAUUCACAGUUGUGUAUCUAAUUAAGCCGAGGCGACUUGGAGAUCCAUCCUAUUUGUCAUGGAACCGGAACCCUGGAGGCCACUAA